AUGGUCUUGAGUGGUUUCAAUGAUGUAGAUCUAGUUUGGGAGGGGACAAAACUUUCCUGAACUCAGCGUGAAGUCCGUGCAGAACCUGUGAAGCACAAAAUCUUUUAGCUCGCAGAAACUGCCGGACCUCGUACAAUCAGUGCAGCAAAGGAGGGAAAGAUGAAGUGGAGUGUGCUUUUUUGGGUUUUCUUGCUGUGUUUUCUUGCUAAUAAUCUCAGCAGUGCCAGAUUCAUUCCUGAAGGGGUACCCUAUGAAAAGCCCCCGGCUGUGCCCUACUGGUCAUAUUCCACCUCAGAUUUCUGGAACUAUGUGGAAUACUUCCGCAGCAUUGGGGCCUAUGAGCAGAUCAAUGAAAUGGCCAGAACAUUCUUCGCUCAUCAGCAUCUGGGAGAUACGCUGGGUUAUGAAGUGGCAGAGCAACAUGACCACUAAGUGGAUGUCAUUUGUUUAUCAAUCAUAGUUUAGUUUCUGUCACUAGAAACUAAAGAUGGUUAUUGAAAUAUUACUAAAAGCACGUAUAGCCUUAUAAUGAUGCA